AUGUCAAAAUUCUUUUUUGCCAUUGUAAUAGUCACCAUUGUUUUUAUUCAUUGUUGUGAUGCUACUGGAUGGAAGGCUAACAACAAACAAAAGUCUAAACCUCAGUCUUCUUACCAUAGUCAAGCUAAGGAACAGGGUCAAUCAAGAACUGAACAGAUUCGUAAUGACAAUUACUAUACUCGUGGCGAUGAUACAACGGAUGAAGAAAAAUUUAUGCAACAACAAUAUGGUAAAAAUUGGUGAAUUCGAAUUAAAGAAAGAAUUUGAGAAGAAUAUGUUUGAAAGAGUAAACUUGAGUGAAAACAAAAUUAUUUUCUAUGAAAACGAUUUGAAAAAACAUUUUUUUAAGUUAAAACCUCCAAAAAAGUAAAAGAUUUAAAAGUCGCAUAUAAGGAAAAUUAUUAAGUUUGGAGAAAAUAGUUUUUGUAGGUUUGGAAAUUCAAAAAAAUUAAAAAAGCCCUAAUUCAUUUCUAAAAUAUUAAACUUUAUCCAGAUUAUUUGGUGUUUUCAUAGAUUGAAAGACAGGUGUUUCCUCGUUCAAUCAUUAUUUUUAAAGUUGGACUCGUAACAAACAAGCAUAAUACAAGCAAAGCCUUUUCUUCCAUAACUCCCCUAUUCCGUACCGUACUACCAAUAUUAAAUACCAACAAUUUUCAAGAUAUCACGUAUUUUCU